UGACGUCACGGCCGAGGAAAUUGGCUUUGUCCUCCUCAGCGAAGAAGAAGACGGUGACCUGCCGAGUGCCCGCCCUUCCAACCUGAAAAACUCCAGUUCAUUUUUAUUUGUACUAUGAGUAAUGUACCCACCCACAAUGGAGUAGGUCUAGAGCAGCAGUUUGCUGGUCUAGGCUUGGAGGGGCGAGACCACAUUGGUCAACGUGGAGGCGGGCGGGGCAGUGGCAGUAGGGGAGGUGGCCGCUACGUCCCACCCCACUUAAGGAAUCGCCUAGAGGACGCUCCACCCCCAGGUAAGUGCGUAGGCCCUCCUGCCUUUUGGGGUAUCUACAGUCCUCCGUUACCUUAUGGUAUCAUGCAGCAAGGUGGACGGAGGAACGGGGACUACCAGCCAAGUUAUCAGCAGAGAGAUAACAGAGGAGGAGGUGGUGGCUACAGGAGCAAUGAUGGUCAGCGCUUCAGGGAUCAUGAUGACCGCUGGAGGGGAGGACGAGGAGACAACCGCAGGGAUGACCGCCGGGGUUACGAAGACCGUCGUGACAUAGGAGGGAGUGGCCCUCCGCGCAAUAAUAGAUGGAUCGAAGAUGAUCGUGACCGCUCUUCGGGUGGCCAGGGAGGCGGCCGAUGGCAGGACCGUGGAAAUGACAGAGACGACUGGUCACAGCCUCUUGCCAGGAAUGAGGUCCUUGAGGCAGAACUCUUCAAUAAUGUAGGUCCAUCAACCAACAGCGGAAUCAAUUUUGAUAAGUAUGAUGACAUUCCCGUGGAGGCAACUGGCGAAGACAUUCCUCCUUGUAUCAAUAGCUUCGGCGAUAUCAAACUCACAGAGAUCAUCAAACAGAACAUUAAUAUGGCCCGGUAUGACAGGCCCACACCAGUCCAGAAAUAUGCCCUGCCCUUCAUACUUGCAAAGAGAGAUCUGAUGGCAUGUGCUCAAACAGGGUCAGGAAAGACUGCUGCAUUCUUGGUCCCCAUCCUUAACCAGAUAUAUGAACAGGGUCCAGUCCAGGUUAAAAACAACAACCCAAGAGGACGUAAUAAGCAGUACCCUCUGUCUUUGAUUUUGGCCCCCACUCGUGAGUUGGCCACCCAGAUCUACGAGGAAGCUCGCAAAUUCUCUUAUCGGGCCCGAGUUCGUCCAUGUGUGGUGUAUGGUGGUGCUGAUGUUGUGUCACAGAUGAGAGAUCUGUCCCGUGGCUGCCACCUCUUAGUUGCCACCCCUGGACGUCUGGCUGACAUGAUUGACCGUGGAAAGAUUGGUCUUGAUUAUUGCAAGUACCUGGUACUCGAUGAGGCUGACCGCAUGCUGGACAUGGGUUUUGAGCCUCAAAUUCGCCGUAUUGUCGAGGAGGACAACAUGCCUCCCACUGGCCAGCGCCAGACUCUCAUGUUCUCUGCUACCUUCCCCAAAGAAAUCCAGCGACUGGCUCAGUCCUUUUAUGAUGUUUACUUAUUUCAGGCAGUGGAUGAGGUUCCUUCUUUGAUUGCCACGGCGAUUGGUUAGCCCCAUGCGGCUUCUCUAGAGGAAUCUGUUCGUUGUGUGUUACCCUGAUUUUGUCAGCAUCUCAACAAGAACAAUGCAGACAUAUCUCCGUUUUCUGCAGAAUCCCUGACGUUAGUGUUCGUUGAGACCAAAAAGGGUGCAGAUGCCCUUGAGGAGUUCUUGUACCGUCAUGGAUACCCCGUGACGAGCAUUCACGGUGACCGAAGCCAACGUGAGCGAGAGGAUGCCCUCCGUGUCUUCCGCUCUGGCCAGUGCCCCAUCCUUGUGGCAACUGCUGUGGCUGCUCGUGGUUUGGACAUUCCACAUGUUAAGCAUGUCAUUAACUUUGAUCUGCCAUCAGACAUUGAGGAAUAUGUUCACCGUAUCGGUCGAACUGGUCGUAUGGGUAACCUUGGCCUUGCCACUAGUUUCUUCAAUGACAAGAAUCGCAACAUGGUACGUGACUUGGUAGAACUCUUACAAGAGGCCAAGCAGGAGCUUCCCAAGUGGCUAGAGGCUAUUGCCUCUGAGGCACGCUUUGGAGGUGGAGGAGGAAGAGGCCGCGCAGGAGCCAAGCGCUUCGGUGGAGGUUUUGGAUCCCGAGAUUACCGUCAGGCCGACCGCAACAAGGGCCCCCACACGGCAGGGCCUGCUCGUCCAGGUGGAGGCUUCAACAGCUUUGGUGGAGCUGCUCCACACUUCAAUCACUAUGGAGGGUACGGAGGUUUCAGUGGAAGCCAAGGCUACAAUAGCUACAACACCUCUGGCGCUUCAGGGACAGACUGGUGGGGGGGUAACUGAGCCCUGGCAGCAGGAUCUGUGGCACCUUGCCACCUUGUGCAACACUUGUUACACCUGGGACUGUACCAUUAGUGGAAGUGCAGUGUUUGCUUUUUCUUUAGUUUAGACAGGGUAGUGUAAACCCUCAUUAGUAUAUAAGGUAUUUCUGCCACAGCAGGAAGUGUUUGUUAAUUAGCAGUUUACCUAUACUGACAUGUGUAAGAGGUCAGUCUUAAAGAAUGGAACAUGCUUGAAACUGGAUAUUAUCAUUAUUUGAAAGACACUCCCAGAAUUGUGUAUUGCUUUAUAUUGUAACCCGUACUUGUACCCAGUAACAAGUGACCACAAAGUGGCAUAGAAAGUUUCAGCAGCAGUCAAACUUUUUAAGUGUUGUUAAUGCCCAUAACCUGCUGUCUUAAAGGAAAUGUGAACCACUUAUGAUGCGGGGUUCUCUUUUUAAGCUUGAAGUUUCGGUAUGUCACAGGCUUGGAACUUUUCUCUGAAUACUUGACCUUAGACUUGACUGAGCAAAUAUCUUGAUGUUUUUUGUCAGGAAGUCUGCAUCAUACCAAAUAAUACUGACUUUAUUUAGAGGAGAACAUGUAUGUUUCUAAUGCUUUUUUGUGUGAUUAUUAGCAAUCAAGAGGGGGGGCUAAAUAGUAAAAUGUAGCCCCAUCUCAACCUUUAGCAUGGAGCUUAAACUUCCAUGUUCCACUGUGUAGCACUGAGGACUUUGUAGACCCUUUUUUUCAAGUUACAUGUGAUACAGAGAUGAUGCAGAAACUGAGGUCAUUUGUGAAUAAUGUUUUAUCCCUAUGAUGCCCCACAUUGCCAGGAUUGGGCUGCUGUUAACUUUUGUGUCUAAUAUGUAAUGUAGCAGUUGUGUUGCUGGGUGAGAUGUAGUGAAUACAGCCUCAGCAAAAUCAUUAAACAUUGGAAAAAUCACUGAACCGCCCAGGCAACGGCAACAUGCACUCUGUUGCGUUCAUUAAGGUAUUAUAAUUGUAGACUUCUGUAGCAUGGCUUUUGGGAAGUUUAAUUGAUGAUUUGAUAUUUUGCCGUCCCUUUUGAUUGUUGUGUUGAAUGAGCCUCUGGAGCAGCUGUGAUUGCAGUUAUUUCAAAUUUACUUACUUGUUGCUCAGAAGGAACACUUAACUUUAUAACUUGUCUGGAUUACAUUUGGACUUAUUCCAAAUGAGUUAUGUUUUUAAAGACUUAAGGGAUUGAUUCCUAAAGAGGCUCUGCAUGGAGAUGUGUCUUUGUCUCUCCUUCUGGAUUUUGAAGACCCACCAGUUUUUUACUUUAGUUCGGUUGGACUCGGGUGCUGGAUACAGCAUCCUCUACACAGUAGCGGCCAGAGCCGCAACACGUGGCCGCAGCAUCACUCAAGCCUGGUCUCCUGAAGGCAGUGGCUAGCAUUGUUGCAGUAAUGAUCCAUCCCUGAGUCAUACAAAUCACCUGACUAAUCUCAGGGCAUAGGCUUACCCAGUGUUCGACAAAUGUGUUCCUGUCUGGUAAUGUAACAAACUGGGCAGGGAGGCAUCGCUGAUAAGCAGCAGCGAUGCAUUUGAUGCAUCUUAUAUAGAAUCGCUGUGGCACAUUGCAGCCUUCUUAGAUAUUAAGUCAAACUAAUGUAAAUUAUGGGAAGGCCGUGUGUGCCUGGACUCACUUUGGCGAACACUGCCAUUAUUACUGUGAUAUUGUUUGAUGCCCGUGAUGAGGCGGGCAGUAGGGUGCGGGGCCAGGUUUGGGUUGUGGCAGAGAGCGCCCCCGGCAGAGGGCUGCCAGCUCUUCCCUGGCAAGCACUAGCAGGGUUGCAGCAAGUACUGGUAACAGUCAGAGGUACAGCCCACAUUCCACUUUUAUCAUGAUCCUCCACAAAAUGGUUAUAUAGUUAUAUUUCUUGUAAUCUCAGUCAUAGCCUGAGUAUUGCCAAAGAUAUGUUAGUUUGUAUGUUCAUGUACAAAUGUUGUCUUUAUUUAGUGAUCCAUAUUUGUUAUUAUAGAUGCUGACAUAAGCAGUCAUGCUUAUGCUCACCUCAGACUAACUCUAGUCGGUGAUGGCGCGCUGUUCCUCAUUGUAAACAGGCAGGAGUGUGUGUGUGUGUGUACGGAAGAAUUUGGCUCCUGGUUCCCAGUGAACAAAACUGAUUGCCCAUAGAUCUGAAUGUUUGGGCAUUUCUCAUGUUAAUAUAUCUCAUCAGCUCCUUGUAUCACGGUGCUAGAAUUUAAUAUAUUGUCCAGGAGCUUUGAUCAGGUACAAAGUUGGUAGCACAAUGAUCUGUCAAGAAGAUAUUUACUGUGUUCACAAAUAAUUUGGUGUUUUAAUAUAAGCACUGCUCCUGCUCCCAAGUAUGGGAAGCUGCAUUGUUAGCUAGGGUAUUUAAACUAUAAAUUGUGCAAAAUUUUAACUACUCAUGGUACAAUGAUUUAUAAAUGUACAGAUUGUGCAUUUUAUGUAACUGCUUGUGUGGGAUUCUAGCCAAACAAAGACUGUAGGAGUUUUCAGAUUGUAUAAAGUAGAAAUCAAUGUACCAACUUAAAUUGAUCCUGGGGCACUGGAUGUGCUUCCUAAUCAGCUAAGUGACACUUAAAGCAUGUGGAGAUACCGGUAACCUACACAUGAGGUUGCCAGGAACCUCCUGCUACUGCUGCCAACUAUACCAUGAUGUUCAAUGGUUUGAAAGGUAGUAAAUAGUGGCAGUUAUUAGUAUUAUAAUAUGCUGUACCUCAGCUGAAGUAUGUUAUGGUGAAGUUGUUGGCAGUGGCAAGAGGUACCAGGGAUCAACUUUCCACCAAGGAAGAGCAAUGUCAUCUUCCGGGCCCUGCGAGAGCUUGAUUAGCUCUUCCGGGAGGUCAGGAAGUGGUCCUCAACAUUUCCCAUGGAAAGAAAGUGUACCUAAUAUUGGGGAAAUAUACGGGGGGGUCUCUGCGCCAAAUAUUGUGUAGAUAAAAUGUACUGUCUUUUUAUACAAGAUUGCAAGCUAUUUUUUAUUUCUCUCAUUUCUAGAGAUUUAAGGAGAGAUCUCACAUUGAUAGGGAUGGCAAAUUGAAAGUCUACUACUAUUAUAUUCACUCUGGCAUUUAGAACAUUUAUGAACUAGAGAUGUACUCAAGCUUUCUUAAAGUCAAAUAAAAACAGUAAAAUAUUA